AUCAUCUUAUCUGUUUAUCUCAAUCGACUUUUAUUUUCAGGAAUUUUCUGACUCAUCGAAUUUAUAUACGUCGUAUAUAAGAUAACUAAUGUGAAUGAAAUCUAGUUAUCGCCAUCGUUUGUCACAACUUCCCAUCGGCGCGACGAAAGCAUCAAAAACCUGUACUCCUACGUUUUGCGCCGCAUUGUGUGAGAAAAUAAUGAUGCAGGAGCUUCUGUUCUACAAACUCCUUUUUUGGAAAUUCAUCGGACACGCGUAAAUUCACCGUGCAAUCCUUAGGUAGCAGUAAUCCCUGAGAAAAUCCUAAUCGCUAGAAACGCACGACCGUGAAUCGUCGCAUCAUCAUCGAAGGACAAGGGCAAGGAGAAGUUAUCCUUUGCGUGGCGAAUCGCGUUACACUUUGCGGACCUAAUUGAGAACGAGAGAGUCUCGGUUGUGUGUCGGGUUGAUGGAAGAAGUGCAUCGAUUGCGACUCUGAAGGACUUACUUGCGACUCGAAUACCUCGUGGUCGACAGACUUGAACAAGUUCGUCGCGCGCGUCACAGAAAUUCGUCUCGAGUGCUGUGAGCAAUAAUGCAGUCGUCGAGACGUGUCCACGACACAAAAUCGCAGCGAGAGAGAUAGACGUAGAACUGAUGCAAUCGACAAUUGUCCCGGUGAUGUCCCGCGGCAUUGACUGUCGAGAGACGUUCGAUACGGAAUUGCACCACGUCGCGCUGCAAUCAUCUAGAUAACGCAAUACUGGACGGUUAUAUCGAGGAUAACAGCGAUAACUCUCGAGGAAUAAAAAAAUCUCGAGUCAUCGAUAUUCCUUUUCUUCGAUAAGAUGCGUUCAAGAUGCCGAUUUGCGACAGAAAAUGAGUGAUAAAAUAAUUUCAAAGUCCAGCAACAUUUCCUUCGAUGAGGAUGCGCCUAAUGGGGGCAACGGCGCCUCUCGUCCAAUCGCUUCAUGGAUCACGUCGAAGAGAUUGACAAACGCCGAGGGGGGAGACACGUGCUUGCGGAACGUGCAGAGCUUCACGACCUUUUCGGUUUCCGGCCCGUCGAUGAUCGCAAAGCGGGACUUGUCGGUAUCUGACGACGGCAAGAUGCUCAAUCAUCGGCGGGAAUCGCUUCAGCAACGUCAUGCGCGACAAUCGUCCGUCUCGAGGAAAGACCAAAACGUAGAAAUCGAAAGCGCUCCGCAGCGUUACGAGAACGUGGUGCUCAGAUAUCAGAAACCGAGGCCGCAAUCCAAGCGACAAAUCAGCCGAGAACAUCAGCAGCAGCACAAUAAUUCGAGCAGCGACGAAAGCGUCGCGAGAAACAAGUCAAAGAGCACCAGCUCGAUCGACGCACAAUCAGUGAACAAUAUUCUGGACGAGUACGAGGAUCUGGAUUACUGCAGAUCGUCGGAUCUUAGCGACGUCGGCAAUAUUAAUGUGACCAACUUCGAAGCGAUAAUAAUGGAUCAGCAAAAGCGACAGCAACAACAAGAAAGAUCAAAGCUAUCUGGCGCGAAGGUUCAGAUUAAAUCAAUUCCAACGAGGGAGAAGAUUCAACCGGUAUUGAAGGUGAACCAGCAGACUCAGGUGAGACAGCGUUCGCGGGACAGACAGAAGGCACAUCAACAAGAUAACUGCCGCGCUUCGUCGCCAACAACGAUGGACGCGAUUGAAAGCAGUCGCUCGAAGAUGCCCGAGAUGUUGUUGCGCAAAGGAGAAGUCCAGAAGCGGGUGGAUGAGUGGCUGAAUCAGGCGCAUAAUCAGAACUUUCCGUCGUCUCCUCGCGAAAAACCCUUGACGAGAUCCAACAGCAGCGCCGAGCAAAAGAGCCAGCGAAGAUAUCGCGCUCAAGACUCGAGAUCGCGUUCGAUCGAUGAAUCAAAGAGCAGGUUGAACGGUGGAACCUCUUCAAGCUACGACGAUCUGACUCGAAUGGAUUGUAAAAUGGAACAUGCCAGGCCGGAUAAGGUGAAUGUUGGUGUGAACACUAGCAGAGGCACAUAUAAAGAAUACCUGGCGAUGAAGAACAAAGUCAAGCAGCAGGAUUAUGGUUUCGGCGCUCAGUCGAACGUCGUGUCGAGAUCUGGUGAUUCCAGCCCGGCCUCUAGAAUUCCUCAGAGGGAGCCCUUCGGUUCGAGCUUCAGAUCUAAGCGCGCCGAGAUGAAUUUAGAAGAGAAAAGUUCGACCGAUGCCAGGAUUGCGAAUUUAAUGAAAACGAGAGGCGAAUCCAAUCACGGUAAAACGAGCGUUAAUAGUUCCAAGGUGGUCGAAAUAUCUACCAUUACAUCAACGACAACGGCGUCAAUUAUUUCUUGCAGAAAACCAUCGUUGAAACGUUCUGGGAAUGGCGCGGAUCAGAACUGUGUGGUGACACGUUCGCUCGUUAAGGAGGAGACUCGUUUGCCGCACGAAGCAGGCUUCUCAAAGGGCUCACUGCCGACUGGGAACCUUGGUGACCAAGGUGAGCUGAUCUCACCAAAUAAGGACGGAGAAAGUAGGCGGCCAGCUGCUGCGGCGAGCGAGUCGACGCCGCGACUUGCCACCGAUAAAGCGGUCGAGGCGAUCUGUAAAUCGACGGAAUCACCGACGAGUUGCGCAGCCGACCAUUCUCGAGAUAAUCCGAGAGUCACCUCGAUGAAAUCGGGAAUCGCGAUCGAAUCACGACGUCGAUUUCAGAUUUCCAACGAUGUUCGUAGAGAGGCUCGAUCGAUCGUUCAACCGCGACAGGAACAAUCGAGCUACGGUUUGACAGUUGGUGCUCACGCACGGGUUCUUCAAGGUCAAGCGGAGUCUCGCAGCGAUUCAAAAAUCAGGUGUCACGAGGUCGAAGGAGCAUCCAUGGAAAUCAGAAAGCCACCGAUCUUUUCGCGCAAGGAUCUCGGCAUAUCUCCUUCACGAGACAUUGGAACACAGGAUCGUACAAAAGCGCCGAUCGACGUGUCUUCGUCGAGCUUCAAACCGAACAAUCGAGCCUACAUCGCGAUCGAUUCGCAAAAACAAUCGAACGAACAGAACGUCACGGGAUCCAAGGUCGCAAUCUGCGAGGCUGUCUCGUCUAGCAAAAUCACGCGUUAUACCUCGCCCGAUCACGUGGAGAGGAUUUACGAGCGCAGUCUGCAACCGCAAGUGAUCCACGCAGAUGAUCUCGAAUCGAUUCUUCGACCUUCGCUACAAGUAUCGCCUUACGGUGAAAGAAUCAGCGCUUCCAGAUCGGAUCGAGACUCGCCCGUCAAGGAAACCUCGUCGACUCUCGAGGACGAGUCGUUCGACAGAAUCGGCGAGUCGCGGCACGAACAUCUCGAGACUAUCGAGGAGGACGAUCGGAAGAGCGAAGAUUCGGUCUGCAAAUAUCCGGAGAUUGGCUUGAAGCAGUGCCUGAAAGUGCAGCAGAAUCUGCCGAACGGUAGAUCGAGAGACUUGGCGGAUAAGAGGAAGGAUAAAUCGUCGAUUUAUGCCAAGGAUCAGCAGCAUCUGGUUGCCUUUAAUGAAUCCGCAAAGACUUUCACGACUUUCCAAACGACAACAUCAUCUUGUCAGGAUAAAUCAAACGUCCAGACUCGACCUUCGGAAAUGAAAAAAUGCGAGGAAGAGACUAAACAAAAUUCAGAGGAGACGAUGAUUCUUCAGGAUCAAGCAACCGCCUAUCAAAACGAAUCGCGAGAGGAUCAGGACCGACUGAUGAUCCAUUCGCGAGAAAAUAGCAAUCUGUCAACCGCUACAAUUUCUAUCGAUGAACUAGAGAGUCAAAGAAAUUCAAGAUUAAAGAGUGAAGGAGAUUCUUCUCGGAAUAGACUUCAGUUUGGUGAAAAAUCGCAAGAUCGUGAAGAGACAGUAAAGAAUGCUGAAGAUCAUGGUGCGGUGAUCAAUGAAGUUCUUGUUAAAAAUUUGCGAUUCGAGCAAGAUUUGCCGGAAAUUCCGGCCGAAACAAAAGCGGAUCAUAGUGUUCAGCAAGUGAAUUUUCAUAAUAUUCUGUGCGACGAUUACGAGAACGAGAAAUUGAAGAGUAAAAAAAUAUAUAUGACGAAGGAAGAAAUUGAUCACCAGAGACUAAUGGAUAUGCUGAAAAAGGGAGACUUGGAGGCGUUAAAAGCGGAGCUGGAGAGGAGUUAUACGCUCUCGACCCCGGGGGGUAGCAGCCCCGUUUGUUGUCCACCUUGCAGCCCGCCGCCCGCGCCGGCCGCAUACAUAUCGAGCGCGCGCGCAUCCUCGCGUAGACUCGCCGGAAGUGGCCUCGGCGGGCCCACAUCCCCGGAAAGGGAUCCCCUGGGAAGACUGUUAAGAUUCCUGAAGACUUUCUACAGGGAGCUGGGUACUCGCGAUCCACCUCAUCUGCCGUCAUGGGCUUCCCCGCUCCCUCUCGGUACCUUGUGUCCGGCGCACUUUCAGCCACAUUUGCAGUUGGUGCAUAAAAGCGAGCAGGAGCAUCGUUUAGAGAACAUCAAACCCGACCAGAUCUUCGCCCCCGUCAGGUUAAGUGACGGUACCGUAUCCGAGGCACCGCGACGCGUCGCCGUCGAGGGUGGCCCCGGGAGCGGACGGACCACUCUCUGUCUACGACUACUGCAUCAAUGGGCGACUCAGAGCGACGGCCCCGCUCUGGCCUUUAUCGUGCCGCUGCGCGAACUCCGCGGCAGUCCCGUCUUAAAUUAUCUCGCGCGAGAAUUAUUCCCGAGGACGGCCGCGUUGGGCGACGCGGUCGCCCAGGUCUGGCGCACCCUGCACUUGAUGGAGGACCGCGUGCUCUUCGUUCUGGACGGUUACGACGAGUGCGUGGGCGGCCGAGCGUCUCUCGGCGAUGCGGCCGAUCUGCUGGAGGGUCGACUUUUCCCGGACGCGAGGAUCCUGGUCACGUGCUCGCCCAGCAACUCGACCACCCUCGCGCCCCUGGUCCAGCGCAGAAUCCAUCUGGCCGGCCUCGAAUGGCCGCACGUUGAACGGCUCUGCGUGGCCUACUUUAUUCACAAUGAUAUUGCCGAGAAGGCCUGUGAAUUCCUCGAGGCGCUUAACGUACAACCGCAAUCCGUCAGGCAACUCGGCCAGCAUCCCCUUGGCUGGAUAAUGCUCUGCUGUUUGUACCAGGAUUCCGGAAGUCUACCGACCGAGACGAGCGCUCUCGUACAAGCGGCGGUGAAGUGCAUCGUGAAGAGAAGCUUAGACCCGCCGAUUCCUUAUAACGAAGAGAUCCCGGGACACUGCAGAAAACGUCUCGAAGACUUCGGCAAGGUGUCCUUGGCCGCUCUGCGGGAAAACAGAUGCUGUUAUACGGAAGCCGAGCUGAGAGCCCGAGGCGGCGGCAUCGAGGUCACGCGGCUCGGUUUCCUGACGAGAGGAUUAACUUUCGGCCAGAGACGCAAGCCCGAUCUCUACACGCCAAUUCACACGGCGGUGGCGGAGUUCCUGGCGGCGUACUAUCUCACUUCAGUAGCGCAGUAUGCCAAUAUUCUGCGCCGCGAAUUGGAGGGUCUGCCCUCGGGCAUCAUCAGUCACCUGGCCGGCCUGCUUGGUCCCAAGACCCAUUUAAUUCUGAACCAAUUAUGCCCGUUGGAAGUGCCACCUAGAGCUGUGUUCUCGUUGUUAAAGGCGGCUGGCGCGUCCGAUGGCAACAUCUCGGCGGUCUGUCGACUGGUCGGGGCAGGUCCCGGUUUCGGACCCGCGCCCAACGAACGACCACCGGCUCCGCUGGUUCACACGUCUCCUCUAGAGCUAGAGGGAUGGGCCAGGAUUCUCGAAAGUCCCGCUUGUACGCUCGAAGCGCUCGAGGUAGUGUUCCAAGUGGAACGAGGGUCCGAUCCCCGAUAUCUCGACAACUUCUUCGACGCGCUCGCCGGCAACGAAAGCGUCAAACUUGUCAGGAUCACAUCACUGCUGGGACAAGAAUUCCCGGCGGACGAGGCACAGCGAUUGGCCGGACACCUGAAGAGCGUGCUCGGCAAGAAGAAGCUCAACGAUUUCGAGCUUGUCAUCACUUGUCUCGAGGAAGCGGCCCAUGAUAGAUUGGAAUGCGUGGUGAACGCUCUUUGUCGCGGCCUGAGUCACGCUUCCGGCAGCUUGUCACGUCUGGUGCUCGACAUGAAUCUGUCCGGCGAGCAAGUGUCCCGGGUCUGCGAGGCACUUCGCGGCUGCAUUCAAGUGCAGGCGCUGCAUUUGCCUCAUUUAGGCUGCGGAUGCGAGGGCCUGGCCUCGGUGGCCGAGUUGCUGAAGGAACGGCCGCUGCUGGCGCUCAAUCUGGCUGGCAGCUGGGGCGCCAAGAAUGAGGAUCCGUCCAGCUCUGGCAUCAGUAUGGGUUCAGGUUCAGGUUCCGGUUCCGGAAGCAGCGGCUGUGCCUCCAGCACCCUCGGCACUUUACCGUUGAACCGUUGCUACUCAUCAUUGCCCAGAGGUGCAUUGGCGGCUUACGGCAGUCUCACAAGACCGGCUACUCUACCGCGUCUUCCUUUGGGUCUCGGCCUAGGCCCGGCACCCGGUACUGGCAACGGGCCUCUACCGCAAAACGAUCGGGAUCGAGACAGCAAUGGCAGCAGCAAGCGUAAUAGCGACAGCGUGCUCUGUCAUCGGUUACCCCUGUUACACCCCCUACCUACUUGCGACGUCAGCAGCCAUCAGGGCACCGGCUUUCAUGAGAUAUUCAACGCUAUCAGAGAACCAAAUUGCAAGUUGAGGUCUCUAAACGUGUCCAAGUGUCUUCUGGGCGGCUUGGAUGCCGGCUGUUUAGGCGAGACUAUCAGAAGGGCUCGUAAUUUGGACGCUCUAAGAGCUGCCGGUGCGUCGAGGCCAGCUGACGUGAUGCCAUUGGUACUAGCCUUGACAGAAGCGCCGUGUCUGCAGUUACUAGACUUGUCUAGUCCUCGAUUGGCCUUGGAUGAUCAUCCCUCGAGACUAUUGUGCCAUGCUCUGGCCAGGAACACGACUUUGAAAUUGCUCAGUUUGGAAGGAUGGACCUUUCGGAUAGAGGAAUCCGACAGUCUGGCAGUGUUUUCCGAAUUGUUGAGAUACACGAGCGUACGUGAAUUGAGUCUGUGUAACGCACGCUUGCAUUUAGCGGUGCACGAAGGUCCCUUAGCGAGAUUAGGACGUCGCGACGAUGCCGGUGCCGAACUUCUCCGAGCCGCACCACCUCCAGCCUGUCCUGCAAUCGUCUUCCUGAGAUUAGCGGGAUUCCAGGUGACAGUGAACGAUCGUUUGGCGUUACGUGGACCAUUGUUGCUACCUUUCCUGGCGGGUUUUACGUCGCUGAGCGAGCUCGACCUGUCGCUGGACAAGUCAACGAUCGGCGGCAGCAGCGGCUCGCUGCUCUUCAUCGAUGACAAGAUAUUACAGCAAUUCUUCUGCUGUCUGGCGGCGCACUUUCGCAGUCUGCAGUCGCUCCGGAUCAACUUUUGGCGGAUCACUUUGGAGGACAGCGAUCGCACGAUGCGGCAGAUCGCCAAGUACCUCAAGUUGUGCGGCCUGAGCUUUCUCAGGGCGAUCGGUCUGAUCGUCACCGACAGCGCUAAGCGAGUGCAAAUGGAGCACGUGUUUGUGCAGACAAUCCUUACGCAUCUGCAAUGCCUCACCUGGCUAUGCUUGGACGGCGUCGAACUUACCGAGACGCAGGCUACCAGUAUCGGCAAAUGCGUGCGUGAUCGUUAUCCCGGCACCGCUUUGGAAAUCAGUGCCAAAGACGUGCACGUGAGAUCGGUCAAGGCUCUGGUGACCGCGGCCGAGGAAGGUGGCAGAACGGAAGUAGUUUAUACCGGUGGUCCUAAUUGCCGUCUGAAGAUUACGAAGAUGCAAAAGGGUGGCCGGGGAAAGAAGAAAUGAAGAUAUCGCGAAUGAUAAUUUUGGAGGAAGUUACCCUGGAAUUUGCCGCGAGGCAAGAAGAAAAUAAAGGGAACGAAGAGUCUAUCGAAGAUAGAGAGAAAUGAUCGAUCUCUUUGCGGAUGAGGUUGUAGGAUUAAAGAAUCCAGAGAGAUAAGAAGAGAGUCUAGAGAACAAGAAGAAGAAAUAAAGUCGGUAGAUCGUACUCUGAGGAAGUUGUAGAGAAUCAAACAAAAAAUUAAAGAGGCGAUAGGUAAGACAGAGAUAUAAUACAGAUUUUUAGAAAAGACGAAUAAAUCGAAGAAUAUAUGAAGCGAGAAUCAAUGUCGAUUUUAGUCGUGUGACGGUAAACAAGAGGUAAAAAUGCAGAGAAAUGUAAAAGAGAAAUGUGGGUUAACUUUAUACUUAUUUUUGUCUUACUGUGAUUUCGUUUCCUGCGCGUGUGUUUCGGGACGCGUUAAUCUACAAUAUAGACUUUAUAUUAUAGGUAGCGGUUAUUAGCUCUCAAGGAUGAUUCAUUACAACAACGGAAAGUAUUUUCGCUCAUUUAACAUUUUCAAGAAAUGAUAAAAAAUAGCACAAAGAAAUUUAUGUUAUAUGAAGUGAUUUUCACUAUUCUAGUAAAAUGAAUAUCACUGACUAUUGAUAUUGGAUCAUAUUGAAUAAAAAUUAUGCCAAAUGGCGAAA